AUGCCACAAUACCGUGACGAUUUUGAGCUAGGGGUUUAUGACGAAGAGGCUUUCCACCGCCUGGGGAACCCGGAUCCAGAGCCUGACGCACCACUUCCACUCCUAGACAAUGCCAAUACCACACAACCACGGUGGUUACAGAAUACACCAACGACACUUCGUACUCGAUUUCAUCGCUUUGAUCGAAUAGUGAGAAGAAAAAUGGAAAAUGUACGGCCACGAUGGAUGAGCGAGCGACGAGCUUACAGUGCAGCCGAGGUCUUUACACCACAACUGACUGUAGGAUACGUAUUACUGUCCACCUUUUUUAUCUAUGUGUUGUAUUGCUAUAUCGUCGGAUCACCUCUUCUUGCUUCGAAACUACCCAAGUAUACUGGCAUGCAUCAGGUGGGCACAAUCGACCUCGAAGUUGCAGUCCAGGAGCCACGAGAGAUCAACCCUGCGGUUCUUAAAGACGGCAAGCCUGCGUUCAAACUCGAUACCGUACUGUUUAGUCUUUAUUUUCCCACCGAGAAAGAUGUUAAGAGCACUAGACCCAAACACAAGUGGUUUCCAAAACCAAUCAGCCUUAUAGCUGAAGGCUACUCUACAGCAGCCCAUUUCAAUAACUUCUUCGGGAGGCGUCUAUUUACUUUUGCACUCUGGGGAUUGGCAAGCAGCAUCCAUAUUCCUGCGAAGGUCGACGUACCUCUACUUGGCCAUUCUAAAGAAGGUGGUGACGAAGACCUUCAGCAGUAUUCAGUCGUGAUCUUUUCACACGGUGACGUGAGCUCUCGUACCGACUAUACUGCCUACUGCGGUGAGCUUGCAAGCAGAGGCGUCGUCGUUGCAGCCAUCGAACACCGAGACGGCAGCUGUCCGGGUUCUAUAGUACAUUUGCCGAACGGCAAGACGAAGAACGUGAGGCUGUUUCGGUCUGAUCAACUGGAACAGCAAAAAGAGCUGGAUGAAGAGGCCGUGAAUGAGGAUUGGAGAUUUCAAAAGCUCGAGUUUCGGGAUGCAGAAAUACGGGAGACGAUUUCGGUGUUACAAAGGCUACAUGCAGGCGAGGGAGAAGAGAUAUUCAAGGCGAAUUACCGCGAGGAGGGAAAAUAUUUGGGCGACUGGAAGGAUCGGUUAGACUUCUCACAUCUCGCCAUUGCCGGUCAUUCAUUUGGCGCAACAGGUGCAUUACAAGCUUUAAAAACUGCCAACAAAACGAUACUGAAUGAGGAAAAGGAUAUCAACCCUGCUAUAGGCGGCAUCAUCUUCGACCCUGGAAAAUCAUCCGGACGACUUAACACGAACAUCGACGUACCGCUCAUGAUAGUCCAUUCCGACUCCUGGUCCAAAGCACACACAAUAUUCUACGGUCGCCCGCACUUCGACACCGUUCGAGACAUUGCCCGCGAAGUACUUAAGCGUGUUGGAGCAACUUGGUUCAUGACCUCCAUGAAGACCUCCCAUCCUAGUAUCACAGACGCAUCUCUCAUCGAGCCUUUACUUCUUUCCUGGACCACCGGGGCAACCAUCAACGUAAAAGAGGGUCUGAGAGAGUAUGUUAGGGUCAGCAUGAAAUUUCUACAAUAUAUCAAGGAAGGCAAGCGGAAAGGAGUUCUUGAUAUUGGCGUCACUCAUGAGCAGUAUGGGAAUGACACGAGGACAGAUGAGCAAAAGAGCCGCAUGGGAAAAGGAAUCACAAAAUACUGGGAAGUUCAUGUUGCGCCGCCAGCUGGUUUUGCUGCUGAUGAUAUGAACUGA